AGAGCGUCCGUGCUCCGACGAGCUCCUCGACGUCUACGAGCUCCGGCGGUCCGGUGAUUGAGUUGGCGAACACAUCGCUCCUGAAUCCGAAUCGUUCGUAUGCUCCGCUCAGUACUGAGGAUCCGGGUAAUUCAAGCAAGUGUCUCUAUUACUGCAGCAAGGGUGCUCUUACUGUAGGUCUACCUCCAGCUUGGGUAGAUGUAUCUGAAGAAAUAUCAGCAAAUGUGCAGCGUGCACGUGUGAAAAUGGCCGAGCUAAGUAAGGCUCAUGCAAAGGCUUUAAUGCCUUCUUUUGGAGAUGGUAAAGAAGAUCAGCGCUUGAUUGAGGCCCUUACACAAGAGAUAACUGGUUUGAUAAGAAAAUCAGAGAAGAAACUACAAAGACUUUCUGCCACCGGACCUUCUGAAGAUUCAAAUGUCAGAAAAAAUGUGCAGCGUUCUCUUGCUACUGACUUGCAGAACCUCUCAAUGGAACUUCGAAAGAAACAGUCCACUUAUUUGAAGCGUCUCAGGCAGCAAAAAGAGGGUCAAGAUGGGGUUGACAUAGAGAUGAAUCUAAACGGAAACAAAUCAAGAGUGGAAGAUGAUGAUUUAGAUGACAUGGUAUUUAAUGAGCAUCAGCUUACUAAGCUUAAAAAGAGUGAGGCACUCUCAGUGGAAAGAGAGAGGGAGAUCCAACAGGUGGUUGAAUCUGUAAACGAGCUUGCUCAGAUUAUGAAGGAUCUAUCCGUUCUCGUGAUAGACCAGGGCACUGUUGUUGAUAGGAUAGACUACAAUAUUCAGAAUGUCGCAACAACAGUUGAGGAGGGUCUCAAGCAACUGCAGAAGGCUGAGAGAACACAGAAACAAGGGGGGAUGGUGAUGUGUGCUUCCGUUCUCGUAAUCAUGUGCUUCGUCAUGUUGGUUCUCCUAAUCAUAAAGGAGAUAAUCUUGUGAUCAUCGCUGAGAAUUAUUUGAAUUUUUCGAUAGAGUCUAAUGUUGAAAGCCUCCCACUGGGACUAUUACACCCACGAAGAUUGUGGCUUUGACCCUUGAUGAGGAUUACCGGAGUUGUGAGGCGCCAUAGCUACAGAAUUUUUGUUUAUUUUCCCUUUCUGUUUUCACUUCAAGGGACAGCUAUUCAAAAAGAGAGACCAAGUUCCACCAGACUCUGUCACACAACUACAUAUACUACUCAUAAAGUGACUAUCAUUUCUUGUUCAUUUUCGUUAGGAAAACUGUGGGAGGGGAAACGUGAUUGACUGGGAAUGAUUGUCCUGGGAUUUGUGUAGAGCCUAUUCUUGGAUGUCGUUCUUUGGCCCACUGGUAUUUGCUAAGGAACCAUUGGUUGAUUUUCUGAUUUUCUUUUGCCCGGGAUUUUGGUGCUGUCGUUUCUCAGCAGACACGUACGAGAUGACCUUUUUGUUUUAUUUCUGUAUCGAUUCCAUUAUUAUACAAUAAAAUGAAAUUAUGAAA